AAAAAUUUCUCUCAUGUUUCAUAUUUGAAAAUCAUACUUGGGUUACCUGUCAUGCCACAACUAUCUUAACUAUCCAGUGGGAAGAAUUGCUGUUGGAUGAAGAAGUUGAGAGCCAUGAGGUGCUAUUAAGUAGUUUAUUUUCGCUUACCUACUUGGUGAUAUUGGAUUAAUGUAAUUAACCAUCUAGUUUGUGUGCUUACCUUAACUAGAUUAUUGCUCCAGAGUUAAAUUAAGUACGGCCACUAUCUAGCUUUUUCUGAGGGUUCUAGUGUUUAAAAGCAAAACUAUAGUAUUUACACCAUCCCUUGAAGGUGAUGAGUGCGGUUUUGUUCCCAAUACUUGUAAUGGGCACCAAGAUGGGGAAUCAUUUGUAAUCUUGACCGGAGUCUCAGAUAUAGAAAGAAUGAACUGAAUUGUGGAAAGCACAUCAAAUUUUGUCUUACUUCCACAUGCUGUUCAUUUGUCUUAAGGAAUAGUACAAAAACCUCUUAUUGUCCCAUAAGCCGUCAAAGAUUUGGAUAAGCAAAAUGUUGGUUUGAAAAAUUAUUGGAGGUUGAAAUGGACAGCAUCGAGGAUCGUUUUCAUCCCCUUUGUUUUAGGUGAAGGGGAGAUGGUUUGAUCCUAUGGUGAACAAUAAUGCAGGGAAAAGGUGCAAUGCAGAAGAGAAUUCAUGCCCUUCGUGAGCUAAGACGCUUGUUGUCAAGAUCAGAAUUCCCCCCAGUUGAAGCCGCUCUUAAAGCAGGAGCAGUAUCUCUGUUGGUGCAGUGUCUUUCAUUCGGUUCCCCUGAUGAGCAGUUGCUUGAAGCAGCCUGGUGCCUAACGAACAUUGGAGCUGGGAGGCCUGAGGAGACCAAAUCUUUGUUGCCAGCGUUACCCUUGCUCAUUGCUCAUCUUGGAGAAAAAAGUUCUCUGCUUGUUGCAGAACAGUGUGCAUGGGCAUUGGGAAAUGUUGCUGGUGAAGAAAUGGAGUUAAGGAAUAUUCUGCUUUCUCAAGGAGCUUUACUGCCACUUGCAAGAAUGCUGUUUCCAAACAAAGGUUCAUCUGUUAAAACAGCUGCUUGGGCACUAUCCAACUUAAUUAAGGGACCGGAUUCCAGGGCUGCUACAGAACUCAUUAAAAUUGAUGGGGUGUUGGAUGCAAUUAUUAGACACUUGGGAAAAGCGGAUGAUGAGUUGGCAACUGAAGUUGCAUGGGUAAUUGUGUAUCUUUCAGCACUCUCAAAUGUUGCUACCAGUAUAUUGGUGAAGAGCGAGGUUCUCCAACUACUUGUAGAAAGAUUAUCAACAUCAAAUAGUUUGCAAUUGCUUAUUCCGGUGCUUCGAAGUUUGGGCAACCUUCUGGCUGUGGAUUCACAUACAAUUUGUAAUGUUCUCAUUCCUGGACGUGAAAUUACAGGUAGUGUUUUAGAAGUCCUGAUAAAAUGCUUGAAAAGCGAACACCGAGUUUUGAAGAAGGAAGCAUCUUGGGUAUUGUCUAACAUUGCUGCGGGCUCGAUGGAGCACAAGCAAUUGAUAUAUAUUAGUGAUGCAGUACCCUUGUUAAUACGCCUUCUUUCAUCAGCACCAUUUGAUGUACGAAAGGAAGUAGCAUAUGUACUGGGAAAUCUCUGCGCUGCGCCUGAUGAAAGUGGAGAAGGAAAACCAAAAUUGCUUGUUGAGAACUUGGUUUCUCUUGUUGGCAAAGGAUGCCUUCCGGGUUUCAUUGACUUGGUAAGAUCUGCUGACACGGAGGCUGCAAGGCUAGGAUUUCAAUUCUUGGAGCUGGUAUUAAGAGGCAUGCCAAAUGGGGAGGGCCCAAGGCUGGUUGAGCGGGAGGAUGGCAUAGAAGCGAUGGAGAGAUUUCAGUUUCAUGAAAACGAAGACUUAAGAAAUAUGGCAAAUCGUCUGGUCGACAUGUACUUCGGCGAGGACUACGGUCUCGGUGAGUAGGAAAUUCGUGGUUUUUAAGAUUUAGGCUCACUAUUUUCGUAAUCACAAUUACGUACUUGGUCAUUAUCAAGCGCUUUUCGCUCCAUCUAUCAGCUACUUUAUGAAAUCCAUCAUCCCAAGGAGGAAGAUGGAAUUGAGGUUUGUGUAAUAUCAUCAUUUUUUAUUUGCAAGUUUUCUGAUGAGCUUGACCAGAGCAUGUCUUGAAAAGUGUUUAUUAGGAGGGAAAUGUUUGCAAAAUUGUGUGUAGUUGACAUGGGAUUUUGAAGUCCCUUGUCAUCUCAAUUGAACUCUUCUUUUUUCACAAUAAGUUAUAGAACCGAUGGUUUAUGGAUU